UCGCCUUGGCUUGCCUUUUUAUUUUAUUCCUUUUAACCUGCAUUUUGAAUACACAAGUCUACUACUCAUUUCGCUAGACGGAGGCCACUCCAGAAUUGGAAUCGUUCAGUUGCAUGGAUGUUCUCAAUGCCGAAGCUAAGCCCCAGCGCGGGCGGCCGGGUUUUAAUCCCGUAUUCCGACAGGAAUUCGGUAUUACCAUGUACGCAAGCAAGAGUACAUAGGAUUCAUACUCCCCAGAGCUGACGGCUUAAUGGUCGUCUCUUUAGAAACUCAUUCCAACACCAUGACAGUUAUCAAAAAGGUUGCCAUAUUUGGUGCGUCGGGUAAUUUCGGCACCCCUAUCACGAGCGCGCUGGUGAGCGCUGGCUUUGACGUGACAAUCAUUACCCGGAUAGAGUCGUUGUCGACAUUUCCCCCCGGUAUUGCAAUCAUCAAGUCUGAGUACACGGUGGAGAGGCUCACCGCGGCACUGAGGGGUCAAGAUGCGGCCAUCUGCGUCGUCGGCCCCGCCGGCAACUCGACACAGGAGGUUAUGAUCGACGCCGCAGAGGCCGCGGGCGUCGAGCGUUUCAUUGUGAACGACUUUGGAUGGGGCCCAAACUUUCGCAGCCUGCCCGAAUUCCAACAGAUCGGCGCUCAGCGGCGCAUCGCGUGGGAACGUGCGAGGGAGCUAGCAGAGGCCAAUCCCAGGUUCACCUAUACCGGAAUCACUAUCGGCAAUCCAAUCGACUGGGCGAUCAGACGCUUCCCCGCAAUGGGAUUCGAUAUCGAACGGCGGUCCGCAGUCAUCUACGACGCGGGCUCUGAGGAGUUCACCGGCACGACGCUAGAGGGCAUCGGGCAAGCCGUCGUGGGCGUCCUGACCCAUCCGGAUGCGACUGCGAACCGCUUCGUCAAGGCGCGAUCGAUCCAGACGAAUCAAAACCAGCUGCUGGACGCGUUCCAGCGCGCAACCGGCCAAGCAUGGGAAAUCCGGCGCGAGAGCGUGAAAGACCGGCUAGAAAGUGGCCGUAAGAAGCACGAGGAAGGAAACGGAGGCUGGAUUCUAGACCUCCUCGUGUAUCAGCUCUAUGAACCGGGUGCGGCGCGCUGCAUCGUGGCGCCGGGAGACGAUCCCGAUGUCGAGCUGCUGGAGAUGCGGGAGGAGACGCCUGACGAUAUCGUCGGCAAGGUGUUGAACGCGGCGGCAAGCGGAGAUGAAAAAUGAAAAACAACGAUAGCAACCCCUAGUAGAAUAUUUAUGCGUACAUACAUACCUAUGUAUAUAAGCGAGCAGUAACCGUUGCCUACGUAGGUAUCGGGGAGUUGAUUUACGCCGAUGUCGCUUCUCACUUUUGGAAUUAGGGAUGCAAUCCU